AUGGAGGAAGGCAUGCUUCUGAUUGAUGGAAAUGGCAAGUUCAACGUGGAAGGGCUUAAAGACUUCAUGACAACCACUGGCUUUGCCCAGUGUGGUCUCUCCUAUGCUAUUGUUGCUAUCAUUGGUUCGCAGAGUAGCGGUGUGUUUGUGUUCUCUCAGUUCUUACUUCUAACUGAGGAAGAGCACCCUGAUGAAUCAUGUCUUCGGUACCAAUUUCAAGAUGCUGGAUGCAUACAAAGGAAGGGCAUUUGGAUUGCUAAAAGUAAUAAUAUUGAGCCUUUCACAAUUGCCAUGGAUUUUGAGGGAACCGACAGCAAUGCAAGAGGCGAGGACAACGCUGCAUUCGAGAGACAAAGUACCCUGUUUGCUUUGGCAAUUGCUGACAUUAUAUUGAUAAACAUGUGGUCCAAAGACAUCGGUCUGGAACAUGCAGCCAACAGACCUCUUUUGAAAAUAGUUUUCCAGGUCAUGAAGCGUUUAUUCAAGCCCCGUAAAAGAACAUUGCUGUUUGUUAUACGUGAUCACACAAAGACUCCACUUGGAUAUUUGGAGCGUGUUCUCAGGGAAGAUAUAGAGAAGAUAUGGGCUGCAGUUGCUGAACCUGAGACUCCUGGAAGUGCUUCUCUCAGUGAUUUUUUUAAUGUACAUAAGAUAUCAUCUCCAUCUCCUGUGGAGAUCACUGCUUUGUCUAGCUAUGAAUUCGAAGAGGAGAAGUUUAAAGAGCAGGUUGCUUAUCUAAGGCAGCGGUUCAUUUCUCCAAGAGUUACUGGUGAUUGGUGGGAAGUUGAACCUGCUUCAGGAUUUUUGAUUCGUGCAGAGAAUAUAUGGAAAACCAUAAAAGAUAACAAGGAUCUAGAUCUCCCUGCUCUUAAGGUGAUGGUUGCUGUUGUUCGUUGUGAAGAGAUUGCUGAGGAGAAGCUCAAGCAAUUUACUUCUGAUAAUGAUUGGUUGGCACUGAAGGAAGCUGUUCAAGCUGGUCCUGUAUCUGGGUUUGGAGCAACCCUCAGUUCUAUAUUGGAAACCUAUCUUUCACAGUAUGACAAGGAGGUGAUAUAUUUUGAUAAAGAUGUACGAAAUGCAAAACGGCACCAAAUGGAGUCCCAAGCAUUGGAGGUGGUACACGAUGCUUAUGUUACGAUGUUGGAACAUUUGUAUUCCAACAAACUUGAAAGUUUUAAAAAUAGGCUGGAACAGUACUUACUGAACAAAGGAGAAGGAUCUGUUGCUUCUGCUUGUAUCUGUGUUCAAUCUUGCUUGCUUGAAUUUGAUCAAGGAUGUGAAGAUGCUGCCAUUAAACAGAGUGAGUGGAAUGCUUCGAAACUCCGGGAAAAACUUUGUCGUGAUAUGCUGUCAGAAAUGAUGGCAAAAUUUGAGAAGCACCUUACUGAUGUGCUUGCUGGUAAAGCACGAUCCUUAUUUGAAGCUGGUGAAACAGAUACAUGGGGAUUAGUUAGAAAUCUUCUUAAGAGCAAGACUGAUGUUGCUGUGUCGGAGUUUUCAGAUGCUGUUGUUAGUUUCAAGUUGCAAAGAUCUGCAAUUGACACUAAAUUGCAACAUUUAAGGGAGUAUGCAAGAAAUGUAGUGGAGAGAAAGGCAAGGGAAGCGGCAGCUGCAGAGAGAGUUUUGAUGCGCAUGAAGGCUAGCUUUAGAUCGUAUCCCAGGUUCACACAAGCUUUCAAUCGUGAUGAAAACUCAAAGUCAAGGGUUUGGACUAGGGAAGAGAACAUUGAUGAAAUUGAAAGGAAUGCGCUCUCUGCGUCUUUGGAAAUUUUAUCAAUCAUGGCAGCCAUACGCUUAGAUAACAUGACAGAUCAGAUUAACCAUGUACUCUUUUCCUCUCUCAUGGAUGGAACUGGUGCUGUUCCAUCAUCCCAAAAUACAGGAGCUACUGCUGACCCCCUUGAUUCUUACACAUGGGAAGAGGUUUCUGCAAAUGCUACGCUGAUUACACCAGUGGAGUGCAAGUCAUUGUGGAUGCAAUUCAAAGCAGAUAUAAAUUAUAUAACCAAGCAGGCUAGAGCCGCCCAGGAGGGUCUUAGGCAUGCUAAAAGGGCAAUUAAGAUAGUGGUUGGGGUAGUGGCGGUAGUGGGGGCAGCUGUGGUAACGACAGUGGGGACACCUACAGUCAUGGGGAUAGCAGCAAGGCCGGAGGUGGCAGCAGUGCUGAAAGCUGUAGGACCAGAGUUGGCAGCUGUGAUGAAAGAUAUAGGACCGGAGGUCUUGGCAACUCUGAAAGAUGUAGGGCCAGAGGUGGCUGCGGCGGUGAGAUCUUUAGGACCGCCACUAGUGGCAGGGGUAAUUGGGCUGAUGACGAAGGGGUUGGCAAGGCCCCAGGAGCAAUAG